CGUUUGCACGUGGGUUCCAUUCAAUGUAGCACAUGUGGUGUGCGCAGCUCAGACGCUGUCACCCCGCGUUAACGUAGCAGCGUCAGUGUCGUUUGAAGAGACGUGAUCGGCUACUGAACAAAUGGAGCGAACAGUAGUAAUGACAGAAAACCCGGUAACGGGUGUAAGCGAGUCAAACUAUGUUAUCGAAGAUUUUGACUGCCAGCAAGAUAUUGCUAGGUCGGCGUUCGCUGAUAUGCUCCACGACCAUGAACGAAACCAAAAGUACCAUCUGGCGUUGUGCGAAGCUAUAGACAAAGUCCAUGAGGCUGGAAACAUCGCGGUAGUGCUGGACAUCGGUACCGGUUCAGGUCUUUUGGCGAUGAUGGCCGCAAGGCACGGUGCUGAAGUUGUGUACGCCUGCGAGGCAUUUGAGCCUGUUGCAGAGUGUGCGGAGCAAGUUAUGAAAGACAACCACCUCAAAGACAAAAUACGCCUGAUUCCAAAGAGAUCUACACAGGUAGAAGUUGGACCAGCCAAAGACAUGGAAGAAGCAGCAAACAUCAUUGUAGCGGAGGUCUUCGACACUGAGCUAAUUGGAGAAGGUGCACUUGAAACCUUCAGAGAUGCACUUUGGCGACUUGCAACGUUGGAUUGCAUCACAGUUCCACAUGCGGCCACAGUGUAUGCUCAGGUCGUGGAGUCACCAUUUCUAAGGAGUUUUCACAUCCCAAGUGCCAUUCAAGUGACACCCGAGCUUAAAGUCGAGGUGCCUGCAUUAGUGCGAACAUGUCCUGGUAGCCCUGCAGUCUUUGACAUUCAACUGAGUCAGCUGCGGCGCUGCGACUUUGAGUGUGUCACUGACCAGAUGCCUGUAUUCAGGUACGUUUUUUCUGAACUCGAGACGAUGGAAGAGGCAGAAACUGCGUGUGUCUAUCUAAUGUCAAAGGCAGAGGCCACCUGUCAUGCUGUGGUCAUGUGGUGGGAAUUGGAGAUGAACCAAUGUGAUAGUAUCCACUUGUCCUGUGCACCAUACUGGGCACAUCCUUCUGGCAGAACACAACCCUGGCGGGAUCACUGGCUACAGGCAGUCUACUUUCCACCCUAUGAAGUGAAAGUUUCUACUGAUCAGGAAUUUUCUCUGGUUGUUCAGAGAGAUGGCUACAACAUUUGUGUUCUUGUUUCUAUGAGCAUGACUCCUAAGACACCUGUGGUGCCUGCUUGCAAAUGUGCUCUACAUAUCAAUGCCAGCCGUUCCAGAAUUGGUGCUCUGUCGGAUCAAUCACGCCAUGUGAAGUUCGCUGCCGCACUCCGAAAGGUUAUCAAUAAAGAGAGUGUGUGCCUCUGUGUAGGGAGUGACAUAAUGCUUCCCCUAAUGGCUUCCAAGCUCGGAGCACAAGUUUAUGUUGUCAUAGAAGACGACUUUGCUUAUUCUUUGCUAGAGGAAUAUGCUAAGCAAAAUGAGAUGAAGACUAUUACUGGAAUAACAAAAGAUGCUCUGUGCCUUUCUGAAAAGGAACCAACGAAAAAGGCAUCUGUGCUCCUUGGCGAGCCACACUUCAGCACGAGCUUGCUACCAUGGCACAACGUGAAAUUCUGGUUUAGAAAACAUUCCCUGCAACACCUCAUGUGUGAUCAAAGUGAGCUUGUAACCAUCCCGCAAGGCUUUUCCUUGAAAGCGGUGGGUGUUGACUUCAAGGACCUGUGGAAGAUUAAAGCUCCUGUACACACUGUGGAAGGUUUUGACUUAAGCUCAUUUGACAAGCUGAUUCAGAAUGCACUGUCAAUCACUGAUGACCCCGUGGAGCCACAGCCACUGUGGGAGUAUCCAUGCAAAGCUGUCACACAAGAGUUUAUAAUCACCCAGCUUAACAUGAAGAAUGACCCUGAAACAACAGGCACAAUAUCGUGUGCUGGAGAUGUGCCUCUUGAAAGCAACCAAGGUGAAUGCAAUGGAGUUGCACUGUGGGCAGAAUUUGAACUUGAUGAUUCAAACACCGUAACAUCUGGUCCUACAGAAGCAAUUGUUCCUGGAGAACAAGUUGUUUGGGACCGCUUUUCUCGUCAAGGGGUAUAUUUUUUGAACAGCAGCAAGUUGGAGCCUAAAGUUCUCAAGUGGAGUUUCAAGUUUAAUGUGUCAAGUGGCUGCAUGAGCUUCAGCUUUGAUGUGCAAUGAAUUGACAUGUGCUGGUCUAGCUUGGACUGGUUGACUGUUUUGUUUGUGGCUUGCCAUUUUGCCUGCCAUGGUGUGCAUUUUAUUUUAUUUUUCUAAGCAGCAAGUUGGACACUGCUAACAUUUGCAGCAAGUUGUGCUGUUUUUACUUUGGACCAGUUGACUUAUGUCAGCUCUGAAGUAUAUGUAAGUUAUUUUCAAUAAUAAAAUCAAUAUAAAGUUUCC